GGGACACUGACAAAAGGCAGCUGAAGCCUCGGGCAGUAGACGGGCUGUAGACAGCCCUAAUUGCCGGCUGGUUGUGACAGCUAUCAAGGCCCCUCCUGACCAGUCCGCACUGGAGCAGUGGUUCAGCGGGAGCUGCGGGGCCGAGUCCCCCGAGGCUCCCCCGAGCCGGGCACGGCUUUCUGCCUUCGCCCCUCCUCACGUCCUGGGAAACCUUUCCCGACCCCUGCAUCCUUUCCCUGUUUUCUAGGGACACACAGUAUUUUACCCAAAACUGGGUAAAACCACAGGCUGGGGUCCCGCGGCCCGAGGCUGCAGCUGGGACACCUCCCGCUGCCCGCCGUGCUGGCCCCGCCGGGCCGAGGCCUCCUCCCCGCGCCCUGGGGCGGCCCGGCGCGGCAGCGCCGCCAGCAGCGGGGCCGGGCCCCUCACGGCUCCGCCCCGGCUCUUUAAGGCGCCGCGGGGCUGCGCCGCGCCGAGACGCGCCGAGCCGAGCCUGGCUGGGCACACAGAACUACCAUGCCGAACUGGGGAGGUGGCAACAAAUGCGGUGCCUGUGGCCGCACUGUCUACCAUGCUGAGGAGGUGCAGUGUGAUGGGAGGAGCUUCCACCGGUGCUGCUUCCUCUGCAUGGUCUGCCGGAAAAACUUGGACAGCACAACUGUAGCAAUUCAUGAUGCUGAAGUUUACUGCAAAUCUUGCUAUGGGAAAAAGUAUGGCCCAAAAGGUUAUGGAUAUGGCCAAGGGGCAGGCACACUGAACAUGGACAGGGGAGAGAGACUAGGCAUCAAGCCUGAGAGCACGCCUUCUCCCCACCGGCCCACCACAAAUCCAAAUCCUUCCAAGUUUGCUCAGAAGUUUGGAGGGACAGAGAAAUGCUCUAGGUGUGGUGAUUCUGUUUAUGCAGCAGAGAAAGUAAUAGGAGCUGGAAAGCCAUGGCACAAGAACUGCUUCCGAUGUGCCAAGUGUGGCAAAAGCCUAGAAUCAACAACCCUAACUGAAAAAGAGGGAGAGAUCUAUUGUAAAGGUUGUUAUGCGAAGAACUUUGGCCCCAAGGGAUUUGGGUAUGGCCAGGGAGCAGGUGCCCUCGUUCAUGCCCAGUGAGAGGGCUAAAAACACCUUCCAGCUCUGCUGAGAUCAUGCUAGAAGGACCAAGAGAGUUUCCUAAAUGUUACUAACUACUGUGAAACAGAUACUAGUUACUGUAGUGUACCUUCAGCUAAUGAUUUUAAAAACAAACACACACAUUGCUUUUUUCCUUGCCUUGUGUAUCACACUGUAACACUUUUAAUACUGAGUAUCAAUUCAAUAAAGCUUUGCUUGUUGAUAUACCCUAAA